AGGCUCGCGGGGCGGGCGGCGCACAGGACCAUGGCAGCGGCCGCGACGUGGGGCCGGGCGCGGGUCGCCCUCAGCCGGCGGGGCCCGUGGGGCCGGGGCGGCGCCCCCCCGCGGCAGCCCCCCGCGCGCCCGGCCGGCGGCGGGCCCCAGGAGCGGGCGGGCGCCGCCCUGCCGGCCGCGGGCUACCGGGAGCUGCGGGAGCGGGCGGCCCGGGAGCCCGCCGCCUUCUGGGGGGCGCUGGCCCGGGAGCGGCUGCGCUGGGACCUCCCGUACCACACGGCCUGCGACGGCCCGCUCGGCCGGGGCCGCUGGUUCCUCGGCGGCCGCCUCAACGUGUCCGUAAACUGCUUAGACCAACAUGUCCAUCGGUCUCCAGACAGAGUGGCUUUGAUCUGGGAGAAAGAUGAGCCUGGCACUGAAGUGAGAAUCACAUACAGGGAACUUCUGGACAUGACCUGCCGUCUUGCCAACACACUGAAGAAAUACGGAAUACAAAAAGGGGACAGGGUUGCAAUCUAUAUGCCUGCGACCCCACUGGCUGUGGCGGCCAUGUUGGCUUGUGCCAGAAUUGGUGCUGUUCAUACAGUGGUCUUUGCUGGAUUCAGUGCAGAAUCUUUAGCUGGGAGGAUCAUUGAUUCUGGCUGCAAAGCUGUCAUUACCUACAACCAGGGAGUCAGGGGAGGACGAGUUGUAGAGCUGAAGAAGACUGUGGAUGAAGCUGUAAAGAAUUGUCCAAGUGUCAAGCAUGUCUUUGUGGCUCAGAGAACAGACAACGCAGUACCCAUGGGUAAUCGUGACAUUCCUCUUGAAGAAGAGAUGGCCAAGGAAGCUCCUGUGUGUGCUCCUGAAAGCAUGGACAGUGAAGACAUGCUGUUCAUGCUUUACACCUCCGGGAGCACAGGAAAACCCAAAGGGAUUGUUCACACUCAAGCUGGGUAUCUGCUUUAUGCUGCUGUGACACACAAGCAUGUGUUUGACUACCAGCAAGGUGAUGUUUUUGGUUGUGUGGCUGAUACUGGCUGGAUCACAGGACACAGCUAUGUUGUAUAUGGACCGCUCUGUAACGGAGGCACCUCUGUCCUGUUUGAAAGCACUCCCCUGUAUCCUGACCCAGGUCGUUAUUGGGAAACUGUACAGAGGUUAAAAAUUAAUCAGUUUUACGGUGCACCUACUGCUGUACGCCUGCUGCUGAAGUAUGGAGAUACGUGGGUGAAGAAGUAUGACAGAUCUUCCUUAAAAACCCUGGGAUCAGUGGGAGAACCAAUUAACCAUGAAGCUUGGCAAUGGUUCUACAAUGUAGUGGGAGACAGCCGGUGCACCCUUGUUGACACUUGGUGGCAAACAGAAACAGGCGGCAUCUGCAUUGCUCCCCGGCCCUCGGAGGAAGGAGCUGACAUCAUUCCUGCUAUGGCAAUGAGACCAUUCUUUGGGAUUGUACCGGCACUGAUGGAUGAGAACGGAAGAGUUAUAGAAGGAAAUGAUGUCUCUGGUGCUCUGUGCAUUGCACAGCCCUGGCCUGGGCUGGCGAGAACCAUCUAUGGAGAUGAUCAGAGAUUUAUAGAUACUUAUUUCAAAAAGUAUCCAGGUUAUUAUUUCACAGGGGAUGGUGCCUAUAGAUCCUCAGAGGGGUAUUACCAAAUAACAGGGCGGAUGGAUGAUGUCAUAAAUAUCAGCGGUCACAGGCUUGGAACUGCAGAGAUUGAAGAUGCUAUGGAUGAACAUCCGGCUGUGCCUGAAACAGCUGUGAUUGGUUACCCCCAUGAGAUCAAAGGAGAAGGUGCCUUUGCUUUCAUAGUGUUAAAAGAAGACACAGCUCAUACAGAACGUGUUAAAGAAGAACUCAGAUCUAUUGUUGCUUCCAAGAUCGCAAAGUAUGCUGUGCCUGAUCAUGUUCUGGUUGUGAAACGCCUUCCUAAAACGCGAUCUGGGAAAAUUAUGAGAAGGGUACUGAAGAAAAUAGUCGCUGACCAAUCCAGUGAUUUGGGAGAUAUCACCACGCUGGAUGAUCCAAACGUCAUCGUAGAAAUACUAGAUGCCUACCAGAAAUACAAAACCGAGCAGUCUGCAUCUUCAUAGGAAGGUCUUGAGUCUCUUUCCAAAAGAAAUUCAGAGAAACAACCAACCAUCCAGCUCUUUCAUGGACUAUCAUCAAAUUCUGCUCACUCCUAAGAGAACAAAAUGAUGAUUCCUCUCACUACAUACUCUAUAAUCUAUCAUAGACCAUGGUAUACAGCUGCCUUCUCUUUCCUUGGAAACCAUGGAAUACACACUGUGAAGCAUCAUAUUUUAAGAACCUUCUGAACAAGUGCCUGACUGAAUUUGCCAAAACUAAGUGUUUUCACACUAUUUUUAGGGAAAAUGUAUAGCAGCCUUUUUAGGUUUCCACUAGCUGCAUUAAAAAUAAACAGCUAGUAAAAUGUUUCUGACUGUUGAGGUAGGUGAUCUUUUUAAUGCUUGAAGCAAUACUUCCCCCCCUCUGCUCCCAGACACUCAUGGGGAGAGAUUUUGUAAUACAUUUUGCCAUUUUGGAGAAUAGUCAGUGAAUGUAUAUCUUCAAUUUUUCAUUCCAGUUAGAAUCAUAGAAAUGGGCUGGAAGGGACCUUGAGGAGUCAUCAAGUCCAGCCCCUUACCUGAGGCAGGACCAAGCUAGACUAUCCCUGAUAGAGGUUUGUCCAACCUGUUCUUAAACACAUCCAAUGAUGGGGAAGCCACAACUUAAAUUUAACUUGGUUAUCCCAGUUCAGGUAGCUGCAACAGUGGUGUCUUUUUAGAAAUGCUAUAUACUGCAGUGUAUAUUGUAUGUGCACUAUUUGUGAAAUGGAUCACAAUCAAGUUGCCAUAUUCUUUUCAUUACAGUUGGUUUGGUGCUUGAUCAUGGUUUUAGACCUCACCACACUUGGCUCAAAACAGUCAAUCUGGGGUCCAAAGGAUCCCAGCCUUUCCCUUUUCUUCUCCCAACUCAAUGAACCUAGGCCCAGAUCCUCAAAGGUCUUUAGGUCCCUAACUCUCAUUGAAAUCAAUGGCAUUGAAGCACCUAAUUACCUCUGAAGAGCAGCACCUACUCCCUUCUCGGUAACAUGGAUCUCGGCACCCAUCUGAACCUGGAGCUGAUUAGCCUCCUGUAAGCCCACGUUGCCUCAUGUCACUUACUCUGCAUUUUACAGCAACUACAUCUUUCUUUCCACCAGUGCCACUCAGGCCCUCAGUCCAGCACCCUGCAACUGGGGAAAAGGAAAGAACAGAAGCAAGGUCACACAAGGGGUCUGUGGUAGAGGCAGGACUUGAAAUCCAGUACUCCUGAGUUUUAGCCACAAGGUCAUCCGUCCUACCCACCUACAUGGGGAUUUAGCCUUAGGAUAUUUUGAAACUCUUAGGGAACUGGCUAGUACCCAGGUUCACUCACUGCUGGGGUGUCUCCUUGUGGCUGCAUCUGUGGAGUAGCUCUGCCUGGUCUGACUUCCCUUUCCUUUCCUUCGCUUGCGCUGCAGGCCCUCUUGCUCUCUUGUUGUAGCAGUGCUUCCUCCUUGUCGCUUGGUGCCCUGGCCAGGUCACUAUAGUUUUCUCCUUGUGGGGUAACAAAGUCUCACUGGACCAGCUGUGUGGGUGCCAUUCCAGGCAGUCCUCUCAUUCCAGACUGUGUCACUUUCCCCGUGGCUGGUAGGAGAACCCUGGUGCUACUCCAGGUUCCACUAGGAACCCUAUCAGCAGCAGCCAAGGUCUGCACAGUCCCAUCCCCUACUGCCAUUUCCUACUCCAUCUUCCACGGGCUUUCUUCUUCAUCCUCUGGGUAAGCCCUUUCUUCAGGGUCAGGAUCCCAGGGUUUCUGCUCCACCCCUGGGUUUCCUCCUCACCACCUCUCUGCUCCCAGAGAGUGACUGCAGACCUCCACACUGUAGCACCUUCUGCUCUCAUUUCCUGGCUUUAUACAAGCCCCCACUUACUCCUGCCUAGGUGGACUCCAUAUUCAGUGAGUGCUUGUCAGUCAAGCUCAGGUCUCCUCCCAGGUGCAGUUUACCAGGUUAAGUAGCUCCUUCCAAGCCACCUUAAUCCCUUCAGAGUGGUGUGGGGUGAACAACCCCACAACAGCUCGUCAGCACUGAGGGUCUCUCACAUUUUGAAGAACAGAAAAAGUGAGCAACAUCUGGGAGUUGUUACAGUGUAAUGAAUGUGUGACCUUGGGUGAGGCACUUCACCUCCCUGUGCCCCAGAGCCUCAUCUGCAAAAUGGGGACACUUGUGCUUCCCUGCCUCACGAGGGCUCAGGAAUGGCAGCGACAGGGGGUGAUGUGAGAGGUGUAAUUCUCUUGCUGCUAUCUUGGUGCUGAAGUAGCCACCAUGACUUGCUAAGCAUCCCUUUGGUUUUAGGCAGGGAAUGGCUUCCCCACUUCCAAAUAUCCCCUUCACAGGUAGACACAGGGCCAGCCCCUGCUGAAUUUUACCAGCAGGGGAUGCAGACUCCAUGCAUGGGCUUCCUGAAUAGACAAUUUUCCUUGUCUGCUGUGGUGUUGUAGCUAUGUUGGUCCCAGGAUAUGAAAGAAGUAAUAUCUUUUAUUGGACCAACGUCUGUUGGUGGAAGAGACAGAGUCAAACAUACAGAGCUUUGUGUGGCAUGAAAGCUUGUCUUUAAUUAUUUUCCUGGUCAGUAGCUAAUAAAUGUAAUAGAUUAAAAUCAUGCUUUAGGAGUAUCCCUCCCUUUCUAGUGCUACAGUGAUGCUAAAUUGUCUUUCCAUUCUACUCCCAUUGAAAGAAUUCUCUGCAAGGUGUGUGAUUAGAGCUUUGUUGCAUGUUCCACCGGGAACAAGGGGAAGGAAAAUCACUUUUAAACUACUUAAGGAAAAUAAUUAGAAUAGGAUAGGGAAAAAAUAAGGGGAACAGAAACUAGCUGUAGAAAAAUAUUCAUGGUCUUUUAUAACAGUUUAAAUGUUUCAGAGUUUACCUUAUUACUGUUUAAUUUGUAUGUUACCUUGGCACCAGGCAUUCGGGAGUGCUAAUCUGGAAGUGGACUGAUUGGUACAUGAAGAUUUUCCUGCUCCCUUUUGGGUAUUAGGAGGUUAGAAUAUACUCUAUUGGUAACUAGGCAUAGGUUAGUGCUUCACAAGCAGUAGCUACAUCAAAUAGUUACGUGAUUGCCACAGUAAUUUCUACACUAUUGUGCACCAUUUGGAGUCACUGAGCCGAAACUUGCAAUCCUACUGCAAAUCUAAUUUAGGGUAAGGCUAAACUUUGUGGGCUUCAGGGAGCUGCAGGAUUUGGCCCAGGAUCAGAGUAACAUAUUUUAUCUGUCUAUAUUAGAGCAAUAGCCUACAGCAAGGGUAGCUAUGAGCUCUUGAGCCAUAUAAAGGAUUCUGAUGCCAGGUCACUAAACAUGAAAGCAAAUCUCAAACUGCUUGUGUAUAAUCUGACUCCUCAGACAUAUGCAUUCUUAGAUCACACUUUGCCUGUGUUGCAUACUUUACAGAGGAGAGUGACCUUUGUACAUAUGUAUAUUAGAUUAAUCUGUCAUUUUUAUUGUCACUAGGGACUGCAGUAUUAAUGAAAUACAAUAAGCAGGAUCCCCCUCUUCCAUGGAAAAUCCUCAGAGCUUCCUCCACAUCUCUCCAGGGCAUUGCCCAUUCCUGUGCAAAAAAAGCAGUGAGGCCCCCCCACGCCCUUGUAACCACUUAGAUCCAUGGGGAGGGCCUGUGGUGUCCCAGGACUAGAGAUCCAGACGCUCUCUCCCUUACAAGUGUGCAGUUAGAAGGCUAUUAAAACUCCAAAAGAUGUCCAUCCUAUGUUUCUUCCAGCAACAUUAAAGAAAACCAUUAAAAAGUGCUCUUCAAACAGAAAACAUUCAGAAAUGCUUUUUACAGAGUCGACACACUCACCUGUUCAAACACUUGUAAAAUGGCCUCCAUAGUAAUGAAGAUUAAUGUUGGGGAAGAAAAACAACCUUUUAUGAGGACUGCACAAGUCACAUAAAAGCAACGAAACUAUUUACUAUAUUGUGGGAAUAAUGGACUUUUUUGUACUGGAGUAACCUCAAGCUUCCAACAUAAGUCUUGAUACUGUAAACACUUUCACACCUGCUUCUUUGCUCACCUGAACAGUCUCUCUGAGAUGACACAGGUGAGUAAAGUUAAGUGUGUGGGUAAGGGUUUGCUGGUUUGGGGCCACAGUCUCUUCAUUCAUCAUCUGCUCUGGUGAGUGGGGCAAAGCCGUAUCUUCUGUUCGUACACAAUGUGUGUCUUAACAUAAAAGUACCAAUGGAACUUAGCUGAUACAAAGGUUACAGAUUUAUUGAUGUAACUGUUCAGUCCAGAAGGGGCCAAAUGCAUAGCAAUAACCCUUAUGUAGUGGUAUGUACAAAGUAUGUACAUAUUCUUGUAUUUCAGUCAUAAGGAGCCAGAAACCUUGUGAAUUUCUAAAGUCAUGUAAACAACUCUACUAAAAUCAUUUUAAAAGUAACCCAUUAAGCAAGAUCAGAACACUUCAUGCCAAGUGAGUAUUGCAAUUAACUGUGAAUCCUCAGCGCCUCUUCUUCCUUGCAAUGAUUUCCAUAAAUUAGUCCAGCUGUUGAAGAUGUGUCCUGAAGUAGGUAUUGCUGCUUUGAGGUAACCUCCGUUUGGCAGGGCUCAGGACUAACUUUACAUCUUGCAAGAAAUGAAAUAUGCUCAUAGACGACUUUGCCACGAUGAAACUUUCCAACUAAUAGGUAAAGUACCAAUAUUUUUUUCUGAUCUCCUAUUAAAUUAUGGAGGCGCUGGCUGCAGCCCUAAAGGAAGGUUGAAUUGAGUUUUGCACUUAAUACUCUGUACUUCACCACUAUCUUGGUGCCUAAUUAAAAAUGUGCAUUCUAGCUUGUAGGCAAUCACGUAGUAAGACAUUAAUGAAACAUUUUAAAGGAUGAGGGACCAUAGUCCUCUCAAGGAGAGAGUCACUCACUGAACACUCUUGCGGCUCUGCUCUGAAAGCUGUUCUGUGCAGGUAGGCAGUCACAUUUACAAGCCCCACUGAAGUCAUUAGGGGUUCAUAGGGUCCUGUCCCUGUGGGUCGGCUUGCAGGAUUGGCCUUAAAAUGUACUUAUCUCUUUACUUGGAAUGUUGGAGGAUAUGAAGCUUCCAAAUAGCCAUAUGCCUUCCUCCUCUUGAAACUGCUCCUCACGCAAGCUGGUCACGUAGGAGCUAGAGAUACGCAAAACAUUUGAAAGACGGGGAACGGAACAGAUUUACUGAUGUUGGCUUCAUUAACAAAGAACAAAAGCAAAGGUAAUGGAAUCUUCCAAACAUCUUAUUGGCCAACAUUAGCUCGUGAAAUUGUAUUUUCCAGAUCACAUUUGCCUUUGCUGCAGCUGAUAUAGCAUCCUGAAUUACCUUUACACUCUUUUUAAACUGAAGGGGUACCAGGAAAUUUUAAACAGGGAAAUAAGAUUUUGCAUUGAGUACAAAUUCUCUUUGUUUGUUGCCACAAUUGGUUAGACUCUAAGGUGCCACAAGUACUCCUUUUCUUUUCACAGUCUUGUAGUGAACCAAAUGCUUUCUGUACAGAUUUGUGCACAUGUCUAACCUGCACAUUGUUUCAUUACUCCACUCCCCACCUAUGACUUUUAGCCAUAUUGCCUUUUUUUCCUCUCUGUGGAUAUGCAUGUUUGUUAAAUACUGUGGACAUAGGCCAUGAUUCUCUUAAUUUUAUUUAAGUCAUUGUUUUGUAGAUGUGGGAUAUAAAUAUGGAACAAAUUAACAAAGCACCUUGAACUUCUAUUUUAUUGUAAUCAUAUGGUUUAAAUAAAAACUUGUUUUCUGACCAGGAUCCAGAUCCUCACAGGUGUUUAGGCACCAGAGCCUAUAUACCUGUGAAGAUCUGGGCACAAGUGCCUUAAAACUAGACUCUGGAAUAAUAUAUGUACUCAGAUUUUCAUUAAAAGAAAUCCCUGUCCCUGUA